GCGCGCGUCUCAACAUCCGGGCAUCACCAUCUCCCUGUCCUCGCCCUGUGCCCCCCAAUCCCCAUGCUGACAGGAAGCGGAAGUGAAAAUGGCAGAGCUAGGCCGCCUCUUAGCAACGCGAGGGGAGUCACGUGUCAAAACCAGCUGACUCAGGGUAGAGGAAGACUCAGUGGCUGGGGUUUUGCAGCCACGAUUGCCCGGCCAGGGACCGGAGCCGAAUAGUCAUCGUCAAAAUGUCGGGAAAAGACCGAAUUGAGAUCUUUCCCUCGCGAAUGGCACAGACCAUCAUGAAGGCUCGGUUAAAAGGAGCACAGACAGGUCGAAACCUCCUGAAGAAAAAAUCUGAUGCCUUAACACUUCGAUUUCGACAGAUCCUUAAGAAGAUAAUAGAGACUAAAAUGUUGAUGGGUGAAGUGAUGAGAGAAGCUGCCUUUUCACUUGCUGAGGCCAAAUUCACAGCAGGGGACUUCAGCACCACAGUUAUCCAAAAUGUAAAUAAAGCCCAAGUGAAGAUUAGAGCAAAGAAAGAUAAUGUAGCAGGUGUUACUUUGCCAGUAUUUGAACAUUACCAUGAAGGAACUGACAGUUAUGAAUUGACUGGUUUAGCCAGAGGUGGGGAACAGUUGGCCAAACUGAAGAGGAAUUAUGCCAAAGCCGUGGAACUACUGGUGGAACUAGCUUCUCUGCAGACUUCCUUUGUUACUUUGGAUGAAGCUAUUAAGAUAACCAACAGGCGUGUAAAUGCCAUUGAACAUGUCAUCAUUCCCCGGAUUGAACGUACCCUUGCUUAUAUCAUCACAGAGCUGGAUGAGAGAGAGCGAGAAGAGUUCUAUAGGUUAAAGAAAAUACAGGAGAAGAAAAAGAUUCUCAAGGAGAAGUCCGAGAAGGACUUGGAGCAACGGAGGGCAGCUGGAGAGGUGAUGGAGCCUGCUAAUCUUCUGGCUGAAGAGAAGGAUGAGGAUCUCCUGUUUGAAUAAUCUUUCCUGCUCUGGUUCUUUCAGAAGCCCUAACAUGGCACCACUUUAAUUCACACUCUGUAGGUUUGGUAUGUGUGGCUAUUUGUUUUUCGGCUUAAGAAUUUCACUUGUCAUAAAAUUUCUCUAGAUGUCCCUUUAUGGGAUUACCUUUGCAAAAUCAUAAUUCAGCAACCAUUUAUCACUGAUGAGAUUUGUAGAACCUGCCCAGGAACUUGUAGAAUUUAUUCUGCAGAAGUGUCACUCUACUCCAUUUGUACGUAUGCUACAGGUAUCUGCUUACCAAGCAUAUUAAGAGCUCUCCCUUAGGAAACAGCAGUGGUCUCAGGCCAGCAACUGCCGGAGCAGCCUUUGUUCCCACCUCCUUGCACACCUUGGCGCUGUUACCUGAGAUUGCUGCAGCCAGCCUUGUGUUACUUAUUGUGGUACUUCUCAAGCUUUAUGAAAACCUUCACUUAUUUUUUCCUUCAAUGGCAGAUCUCUGUCCUGUCUGUCAUGGGAACAGGUUUGCCAAUUCAGAUGUGACUAUGGUAUAAACAAUAAAAUGAUUUAAAAAUGAGUUGUUCCUUUUUUAAAAUUAAUUCAUUGCCAAGAAUAAGUUGUGUUCUUAUGCUCGGAUUGGCAUAUGGGAUUGGCAUCCAAAAAGCUUUCUCUGUAGACAUGUAGGAAAAGUGGGCAGCCUCCCUUUUUUCUCCCUUCAUGUUUCAGUGUUUUGCUAGUAAGCUUACUGAGAUGGUUACUGAGUUUCAGGGCACUGAAGUAAGAUGUGGUUGCCAGUGAGUUCAGAGGGCUUAUUAGUACUACUACCACCUUUUUUUUUUUUUUGCUUUUUUUGGGGGGGUGGGGAAUUAGGUUUAUUUACUUACUUGCUUUUAGAAGAGUUACUGGGGAUUGACCCAGGACCUUGUGCGUCCUAAGCAUGCACUUUACCACUUGAGCUAUACUUCCCCCCCACCAAUUAGUACUUCUAAGAAAAAGUACUAGUUCCCACUUGAGAAUAAUAAGUAACUGUACUCUUCCAUAAGCAGUAACAACUUGAGGCAUUUGAAUGGCCGUAUCAGGUGACUGAGGUUUUUAGUACUGUUCGAUCUGGUGUGAGCCAUCCAUGAUUACUCAGGCUUUCCUGUACUCGUUCCAGGCAUUUCUGAUGUGAUUGGCCAUGGGACAGUUUUUAGUUAGUGAAAUUGUGACACUAGACUUACUAGUAUUGUUUAAAUCAACUGAUCCCAGCCUAGGCUUUUUAAAGUACCAAGUAAUUUUGUGAACAUUUAACACCUGCUAUAAAAUAGCUUAGCUGUGUGCCAACUAGACAUUGUUUUUAUUUAUAUUAUUUCAUCACAACCAUUAGAGGUACAUAUUACUUUAACCCUACGUUUCACAGGAAAUUUUGAGGCAUAAGGAGCUUGAGUAUAUUGGUCCUACACAAAAAAGCUAGAAAAUAGUGAAUCCCAGAUUUAAAUCCAGGCAGUCUACCUUCAGAAUUUUUACGUCCUUGAUGUCUAUCCUUUUAAUCUCCCCUGUAUUUACAUUUUUGAGUAAAGGUAAGACAUAAGGCCUGUCCUGGAGGAACUGAUUUUUAGGAAAUCUCUGUUGCUUGUGCAUAGGAUAAAAUUCUCAGAUUCAAUGUCAAUUCAGUAGUGAUUGGAAAACCAACAGCUGAGUUCGUAAGUCUUGAAAAUAGUAACACUGAACUGCUUAAGAGUUAAUCCUCCCAACCCCCUAAUGAGGUAUGAACAUCUACAGAUGGACUGCAGGCCAAUUGUAGCUUGAUUUCAGAGCCUUGGUUCUUAAGCAGUAUGUAUUGCCUCUUUAGAAGGCAAAAAUUAAAGGUAGAUGUAGAGAUCUAGAUUAAGUGUUUUUCUUUUUAAUUUAGACAAAUUUAUGUUCACCUUAAAGCACUGAGCCAGAGAAGUACCCUAGAUUCCUCCUGUGUCUUUAUAAACCUCUGCAUUUAUUGGCCUAGGCUAACUUCUCUACAAAGUGCAUUUGAUUUUAUGGUUUAGCAUAUUGUUAAAAAGAAGUCCAUCUGAACUGUAGGGGAAGGGAACAGCUCAAGAACAGAAAGCUGGAGUAGGAUGUGUGUAUAUGUAUGUCACUUCUUGUUGGUUUAUGAUUUGCCUCCUUUGGGAGAUACACAGUGGGUAUCACAGAAAAGGGAGAAAAGAAGUAUGUUAUAUGUUUGUAAGCAACUCACAUCCUAUCCCAUGGUCUCAAAUCCUUGGCUGCAUAUAAGUGGAAUUUUCCCGAGUAAUAUAUACCUUCUUCCCCAGAAAGCUUUCUAGUUCACAGCCUUAAGUUGUUUUAAUAGAGUU